GGAAAACGAACAAAGUCCGAGUGAAUAGUAAGUUCUCCCGAACACACCUUCGGCCACUGCAAUCAUAAUAGAAAAUGCCAACACUCUAAAGACACAACCACAUAAGCAUCAAAAUGCCGCACACAAAGACCGAAACAGGAAUCCGCUAUCCUCAAGACGAAGAACAGAGGCGACGUCUUCGCAACACCACCCAGGAUCAAAGAGCCUCACAACGAUUCCAGGAUGCGUCGCAAUCGGCUGGUGAGAGAGCCCAAGCAGCAGAUCCGACUUCGAACUGGGGCCCAGAGGAGAUGUUCGAGACCACGGUGGACCAGUACGGCAAUCCCGUCACUGAUCAAUGGUCUUUUACCGAUGGCGCUAAGAUGAAGAAAGGCGUGUCGGGUCAGGAUGAGGCCGAUGCGUUCGAGGCAGCGAAUAACAGUUUUGAUUGAGUUCGUUGUGGGAAGCUGCAGGUUCUGACGUCGAUGUAUUCUGUUAAAUUGCGCCUGAUGCUCUGCCGGCCCAGUAAAUAAAGCAAUACACUCAAAAAGUGAAUUUUAGGGCCAUGGAAUGGACAGGCUGUCAUGCAUCAUGAGUGUGCGGUUUUAAGUCGAUUGCAAGGAAUCUCCAAAAUAUGAAAUUUCAUGAAGCUCGUAUGAAAGCAUGACUUGUAGUUGUUCGAGUCAAACCUGCUU